CACAUGGAAGAUAAAUCAAAACAAAAACGUAAAUCUGAUCUCGUAAUUUUGUAUGUUUUGCUGCCGCCUUCACUGAAGGCCUGGCCCUAGUAAAUAUCGCCGACUUUGGUAUCUUUGUAAGUAACAAACAAAAAUAUAUCUUCGCAGUAAAACCGUCCCACAAUGAAUCGAUUCAGGACGAGUUUUCCAACUGUAAAUAGAGAAUUGCUAAACUGGUUUCCGGGACACAUGGGAAAAGGAAUCAAGCAAAUGCAGCAGAAACUCAAACUUGUUGACUGCGUAAUCGAAAUUCAUGACGCUAGGAUUCCGCUUUCAGGACGCAAUUCUGAGUUUCGUUACACAAUUAGUGGGGUGAAACCACAUGUUUUAGUACUCAACAAAAAAGAUAUGAUCGAGAGGCGAUCUCAACGAGCGAUAGUUGAUCGACUUCUUCGAGAGGAAAAUGAUUCCAAACAUGUGCUAUUCACAAACUGUAAGGAUCAAUCUUGUGACGGAAUACGUAAGGUAAUGCCUUUAGCACAGGAGCUUAUACUGGCUUCGAACCGUUACAAUAGAGUCGAUCAGAAGGAAUACUGUAUAAUGAUUAUUGGAGUUCCGAACGUAGGCAAAUCAUCUCUCAUAAACGUUCUACGUAAUCGGCAUCUGAAUAAGAGAGCGGCUUCUCAAGUGGGGGCCGUUGCUGGAAUCACUAGAAGUGUGUUGAACAAAAUAAAAAUAUGUGAUGACCCGUUGGUCUAUUUGUUAGAUACUCCGGGUAUUCUGAAACCAAAUAUUGCCGAUAACGAAAUGGGUCUCCGUUUGGCGUUAGUAUCAUGUUUACAAGAUCAUUUAGUGGGAGAAGAAUUGAUAGCAGACUAUCUACUUUAUCUAAUGAACAAGCGGAAUAACUUCAAGUAUGUGGAGCUAAUGGGAUUGAAAGAACCGUCCGAUAAUGUAGCCGAAGUUUUGAUAACUGGUGCACAACAUUUGAACAGAUCUAUUCGGUUACGGAAUUACGAUGGAACAAUGCUAGUGCGACCAGAUACCAAACUAGCGGCUAAACACAUGAUAAAAGCCUUCAGAAAUGGUGUUUUCGGGAAAAUUUUAAUCGAUAGUGAUAAAAUCGAUUAGUUCGAGCAUUUUCUGUGAAAACAGCCAAAAAACAUACGAAUAAGAUAUGUAGAUAUAUGUAUAAUAUAUACAAACUUGAGAAUGGAACGUUCAAUACACAUUAAU